UCGCGCUGUCACGUGGAAGCCCAGUUGUUAUGGCGGCCGAUCGGAAGCCUGUACUCCUGGGACUUCGAGACACGGCGGUGAAGGGCUGCCCCAAAGGGCCCUCCGCCUGGACCGCUAGCAAGCUGGGUGGCGUUCCGGACGCCCUGCCGGCCGUUACCACUCCGGGGCCGCAGUGUGGCCGCUGCGCACAGCCGCUCACGCUCGUCGUGCAGGUGUACUGCCCGCUGGACGGCUCCCCGUUCCAUCGGCUUCUGUACGUGUUCGCCUGUGCUCGCCCAGGCUGCGGCAACAGCCACACGCGCAGCUGGAAGGUGUUCCGUUCCCAGUGCCUGCAAGUGCCAGAGAAGGAGACUUGGAACGCGCAGAAACAGAGCGAUGGCCUUGCAGCUGAGAAUUGGUGUGAAGGCUCACAAGACUGGGGAAGUGACACUGAGGAGACGUCUCCACCACCACCCGCCUCAGAUUUGCGAAGUGACUCUAAUGAUGUCAGAGCACUAGACUGGACUGAGAAGCUCCAAGCUCUUCACCUUCAGGACACUGCCCUGGCUGUUACCUGCCCUUCUCCUUCAAGGGAAGGGCUGACAGUCCUCACUGCAGUGCCACAGUUCCAGCCCUAUUAUAUCUGUGUGGCUGAAGAGGAGGAUUAUGGCAGCGACGUGGAUCUUGAUCAUGCACACAGCCUUCUGCAGGAGUACCAGCGGAGAGAAGGGGUGGACAUGGAGCAGCUGCUUUCCCUAGGCUCUAGGGACGGGGAUGAAAAGUACGAGAAGACCACAGUUAGCAGUGGGGAUCCAACGUUUUAUAGGUUCAUGAAGAGAAUUGCUGCUUGCCAGGAGCAGAUUUUGAGGUAUUCGUGGAGUGGAGAGCCUCUCUUUCUGUCCUGCCCCACAUUUGAAGUCAGUGAGGUCCCAGCCUGCAGUGGCUGUGGAGGCCAGAGGACGUUUGAGUUUCAGCUUAUGCCAGCACUGGUCAGCAUGCUCAGCAGUGCUAAUCUAGGUCUUACCGUGGAAUUUGGAACGAUUCUCGUUUACACAUGUAAACAGAGUUGCUGGCCUCCAAAUCAGCAGAUGCCCAUGGAAGAAUUCUGUGUUAUACAAGAAGACCCAGAUGAAUUUUUAUUUAAGUAAAACACUUUGUCUUAUUUAUACAAAUUAAAGAAAAUUUUCAUAUUCAUAUAU